ACUUUUGUUUGAGUUAAUCUAAUCUACAACAAAUCCAAAUGAUGAAAAAAUUAAAAAUGUUUAAUUUUUUAUUUUAACAACUGAAACCACUCAAUAUAUUCAACAAGCUUUUAUGCAUACUUUUAUGCUUUCUAUGAACAUCAUUUUGGGAAUUAUUUUGAAAAAUAGUCAUAAUAAUUUAACAAAAGUAGUAAAUGAUAUUGAAUAAUGGAAAAUGUAACAUGGUGGAAUGAGAAACUAUGGAAAUCAUUUAUAGACCAUCCAAAUUCUGUUAUCACUAAAACAAGCGAUAUAAAACCAGUUGUAAGCGAUAUACGUUAUACAAGUCAACAGUCAAGUUUAAAUUUAAAUCGAAAUGAACAAUGGAAUAAUUCACAAACACCGCCUGUAAAUGCUCAUUUAACCUCGUCACAAUUGAAUUCUUCUACUGAUAAUAAAAGUGUACUUCAAAAUACAAUCAAUUUUCAGUCGAAAUCAAUAGAAUUUCAAGAUGCUUCAGGUAUGAAACCAUGUAAUCCACAAUUAUAUUGUAAUAAUUUAUUUCAUCAAAUCUGUUCUCGACCAGUAAUGAAUAACUUGCAAUCGAUUUAUGGGAAUAGAAAUCGUCCACUUGGUUCGUUACGUGUUUACUAUUUGACAAGACCACAUUCAGCAGCUACAAUUGGACGAUCAACAUCUUUGCAAAGGACUACAUCACACGAAUCACCAGCAUCAUCAUCAUCAAUAGAUAGAACAUUAUCAUAUAUGAAUAUGGUACCUCCUUUAUCUGCUAGAAGAUCAAGCAGUACUUGUCUCAAUCUCUCCAGAGAGUGUUCAUUCUCCUCUUUACUACAGAGUACAAACACACCAACUGUGAAACAAUCAAACGCUAUUGAUUGUAGCGGUAAAAUAUGCCCACUGCAUGAAAGAUCUACGACUCCUUUGGUCUAUGAAGGUGUAAAUAGGAAAUCCAUGAUUAGUAACAACAACAAUAAUAAUUAUUAUAGCUUAUCUACAAGAAGACGAUCAGCGCCAAAAGCUCGUACUACAACUACACUUUCUGAAACUUCACAACACACUUCACCCAAACCAAUUCGAAGGGCAUCAUCAGCAUGUGUAGAUGAUAAAUCCUAUAGAUAUACAAAUAAAUUCAUCAAUGAUUUCAAGGUAAGCAGUGGUCAACAAGAAUAUAAUCGUGCAUUAAGCACUGGGAAUGAAUUUAUACCACUAAACAGUACACGGAAAGUGAGUUAUCCAUCGUCAUCACCUAUGCAUCAGCCUGCACCAUCAGUUCAAGAGAAUGACACACGUAAAAAAGCCUCAACAACAAAAUCGAAUCAAUCAUCGUCUUUAUCUGUUAUCCCCUUAUCUUUUCAAAAUGUUAAAUAUUUCAAAUAUCCAACACCUCAGCGUAGAUCGAUUAAACCUACAUCGGUUAUAACAUCGAAUAAACAUCAACCGAAUAAAAUACCAGUGGUACAGUUGGAUACUGACAGAACUGCAUCAUUAUACCAGUAUGAUAAGAAAGUAGUUAAACAGACUAUCGAGACAAAUCAUCCCGACAACGAGGUAAAUUCAACACCAUUUAAAAGUGUUAAAAGUGCAACAGUUAUUCAACCGAAGACUGAAACGAUUCUGAAAGUUGAAGACAACCCAAAGAAAUCUUGUCUCAGUGAGACGACUGAAGAAUACACUACACUGAAAGAUGAUACAUAUGAAAUUACAGUGACUACUGAUAAGAUAGAUUACGAUGUAUCCGAUCAUGAUAAUAAUAAUGAUAAUAAUUAUAAUAAGGACGAGGAAGUAGAAGGAAUCACGAAACAUUCGGUUGAAUCAGAAAUACAAUCCCUACUAUCUGAAGAACAAAUACAGGUAACUCUGAAAGAUGCUGACUACCAGAGCUAUCCUACACCUAUCCUACACACAGAUAUAUCAAAUUCCUUCCAGAAGGAUGAAUGGAAAAUAAGUGAAGAAGGCGUAACUCCAUGCAAAGAUGCUGAAAGCAAAGAUAACACUUCAACGGAAACUACACAACUUCAGACAUUUUCAGAUAAGGAUGAAUUUUUACGUCUAGAUUCAUCCCACCAUCUGAUGAAAGUCAGUGUAACCCAAUCACUUGAAGAGCAAAAUUCAAAUGAAUUAAACACAUUGAUGAAUGAAAAAUCUGACCAGAUAAGUGAAACAAAACUUUGUGAAAAUAAUAAUGAACAAUCCAAUGAUAUCUUUUCAAAUAAUGAAGUUGAAAAUCUAUCUAUACAUAAUGAACUACCCGCGUGUUCAUCUACUUCGAACAAUCUUGAAUUACAACCAUCGCCAUCAUCAUCAUUCACAGUAUCACCUUCAUCAUUUCAGCAUCAUCUAUCAUAUAUGGAUGAUAAAUGGUCUUAUUGUACUACUACUACUACACACACUAGUACCAUUACUAUGAGCACUACUCAACCUAUAAAAUCAAUACUUAAACGUUCUAAAAGUUUUAUAAAACCCUAUACAACAAAUAUUAUAUCAUCAGAAAAGAUAAUGAGUAUACCAGGAGCAUCAAAUGUGCUGAAUGACAAUGUACAGAAUGAGUUCAUUAGUAGAAGACCGUCUUCAGCUAAUAAUUAUGCGUGGAAAUCCGUAUUGUCUACAGAUAAUGUCAACAAUCAGAUGAGUAGUACAACAGUUAAUAAUAAUAAAGUUUGGAUAAGACCAAAAUCAUCAGUACAAAAGAAUAAAUUGACUCCUGAGGAACCACAUUCCACUGGCAGAAUGAAUUCUAAUAACAAUAAUAAUAAACCCGGUGUACGUUUCGACAUAAAAAAUAAUGCUGUAUACGAAUUCUAUCCCUAUGAUAUAAUUUACAAAUCAUAAGUAUACGUAUGUAUAUUAAAUAAAAAAAGAUGUUUCAAUUCACUGAAAUAUACUCAAACGUGAAAGCUGGAAAUCACCAACAGUCAUGAAAUAUAUAUAUAUAAGGAAAGGGAAAAUGGAGUAAAAGAUCCAUGAAGGUUGGUUAAAACAACCAGAAAUUAGGUUUAUUGGAAAGUGGACAAGUGUUUUUUCUGUUUGUCUAUGACUAAUGAUUGUCUUCCUUGAUGUUUCUGCCUGUCUCUAAUUGACUAGUUAAGCCUUGUUAUCUACUAAUAAAGGCAUUGAAGAGGAUAAAUAAUCUUUAUAGAUUUGUAAAUAAUCUUGUACCUUUUUUUGUAUGUGUAUAAAUGCAAGUAAAUUUGUUGUUUAUUUGGUUU